AUGGCGAAGAGGGGACGCGGGCGUCCGAAAACUGCGGUGCCUCCAUCACCUCCAAACCUUGCUUCGCUGGUGAGCAUCCCGGUGAAUACCACUCAGAAAGAUGAAAGUAAGAAAACGGAACUUGUGAAGACUCCAACGGUUGUGAAGAAGGAUUCUGUAGAUGUCUCAACUGAUUCACGCAACCUUUGGGUUGAUGUGCUCAAUGAGAAUCGUAACCCUAAUAAGGGUUUGGCGAUGGCAUAUGUAGCACCGGCAAGGGUUGAAGGCGACUAUGACAUUGAAAUUGAGGAAGAGGACGUGACAACUGAGCUUCGAUUAUGGGAAAAUACCCUAGUCCUGUAUGGACUGGGGGAAGAUCUUAGCAUGAACAUGGUGAAGAACUUCAUGACGAAAACCUGGAACUUCGUGACGCUCCCUGAUAUGUACUACCACGAAGAGGGAUAUUUUCUUCUUCGAUUCAAGACUCAUGAUGACAUGGAAAAUAUUCUGAUGAAGGGCCCUUAUACUCUCCAAAAUAUCCCUAUCGUUGUGAAGGAAUGGCGGCCUGAUUAUAAUGUUAAGGAGGAUCUCCUGCGUACACUCCCUAUUUGGGUCAAACUGCCGAAGCUCCCUCUUCAUCUUUGGGGUGCGCGUAGUUUGAACAAUAUUGGUAGCGCGAUUGGAGUCCCCCUGGUCACUGACAAGUGCACUGCACAUAAGCUGCGUGUGUCCUAUGCCAGGAUAUUGGUUGAAGUUGAUAUCACACGGCAGCUACUUGACGAAAUCAUCAUAAAGGAUCCUGAAGGAAGGAAAUUGAAACAAGCCAUUGAGUAUGAAUGGCAUCCAAAAUUUUGUGAGAAAUGUCAGAAGGUGGGGCAUCAAUGUGGAGUAGAACCAAAGAGGAGAGUCUGGAAACCAAAGCCACCUAGAGUUGAACCAAUCCCUGAUGCAAAUGACACUCCAAAGGAUGAGAGGAUUCCUGAAGUGGAAGAGGAGCAGAACUGGACUCGUGUGAAUAAAGCAAUUGGAGAUCGAGGUAAGAAGAUAAUAACUUAUGUUGAAUCUUCUAAAUCUAAUGAUAUACCUUGUGUCAAUGUUUUUGAGGUCCUGGAGGUUUUGAAUGGUCAACCAGUUGCCACAGAAACUCCCCCAUGUUAG